GUUUUAAAGAAGCCACUUUGUAUUACAGUCACAGUACCUAUAGCAGUAACGGUUGUGAGAUCCUGCAGCGUCUUUUUAUUAAAUGAAACAAACAUGGGAAGUGUGAUACACGUUUGUUUGUGUUUGUUAGUGCAACUUGUAAUUACACAUUGCAUUGAUGACUUAGAUUCAGUUGUCAUCGAUCUGGAAGAUCCAGAAUCAAAAGCAGAGUGGAAAUUCAAGCGUGAUUCCAAGCAGUUUCUGCUUCAGCCAGUCUUUGGCUAUCCCUUGAUCAAUUACGCGCCUUCUAUAACUCAAAAUUCUGGCCCUUCGUUCUUGGCCUCUGCUGGAUCAUGCUACACUAAUAGAGGAGAACCAGGAUCUUGCAUAGCAUUCCGAAAAUGUUACCCUUUUUUGAAAUUCCCCAAUGUGGAUCCUUGGGUUCUUGGGAUGUACGACACCUGCAGCUACUAUAAUGAGCAAGGGCGACAGCUUUUUGGAGUUUGCUGCUCCGGCCCAGCCGAAACAAGCCCCCAACCUGCUAGUGAGGAUACAAACGACCAAGAAAACUCCAACUCGACUCAAUUGGCAGGAAAUGCAAAAAUUCCAAACUGGCCCCCGCCAUUGCCAACUCAUCCUCCAGACCACACAAUCCCUCCACUUCCAACCCACCCUCCUAAUCCCUCAAUCGGCCAGGCCCCCACCAAACCAUCCUUGAUCAUCACCACUAGGGGAACCACCAAGAAGCCCAAUAAACCAGUGCCAACAAAGACAACUACCUCAAAACCCUCUUAUGAUAUUGGAACGGCUGCUUGUGGGGCUAAGAAUGGGUUCCAGGAUCAGGGGAAAAUUGUCGGAGGACACAACGCUGAUCUUAACGAGUGGCCCUGGAUUGCAGCUCUGUUCAACAGCGGCAGGCAGUUUUGUGGAGGGUCUUUAAUCGAUAAUAUUCACAUUUUAUCUGCUGCACAUUGUGUGGCUCACAUGAGUUCCUGGGAUGUUGCCCGCGUAACCGUUCGAUUAGGAGACUACAACAUUAAAACCAAUUCCGAGGUGAAACAUGUGGAAAAACGAGUCAAACGGGUGGUGAGACACAGAGGAUUUGACUCCAGGACUUUAUACAAUGACAUAGCGAUUCUUACUUUGGAUAGCCCAGUUGAUUUUAGUUCCGUAAUAAGGCCUGUAUGUUUGCCUUCGGCCGGAGCACGAGAUUGGGCUGGAUCAACUGGCACGGUCAUUGGAUGGGGCAGCAUAAGAGAGAGUGGGCCUCAGCCAGCGGUUUUGCAGGAAGUCAACAUUCCCAUUUGGAGUAACAACGAUUGCAGGCAGAAAUAUGGCCAUGCGGCCCCUGGGGGCAUUGUUGACCACAUGCUAUGUGCUGGCCAGGCUAAUAGAGACUCUUGCAGUGGGGACUCAGGAGGUCCUCUAAUGGUCAACAGUGGCAAAUGGACACAAGUGGGCAUUGUGUCCUGGGGAAUUGGUUGUGGCAAAGGCCAAUAUCCAGGAGUUUACACUCGAGUCGAAAAAUUCUUACCAUGGAUAACCAAGAACCUCAAACAAUAAACUAGCACGUAGCAAGAUUUAUUUAUGUGAUUUCAAUCAAUAAAAAAAUUGCCAUAUUA